UCAGGACGUUUUUGUUCCGACACAGAGCCUGGAGCCUCCUCAACAGUCUGAUAAGCAGUCGAAGCCUCAUGAGACCCAGUCUCAACAUCUGGAGACGGCACCGUUCACUUCUCCUCUGCAGCUCUGUGUGAACUCUCAGAGCAGCGGUCCUGCUCAGCAGACCUCAGUGCAGAUUGAAGAAGACAGUCAGGCCACACAGAUUGAGGAAUUUGAAGAGCCGCCCGCCGUCGACACCAGUGACUCUGUGACUUUGUGCUGUGACCAGAGGAGCGAGAGCGUCCCCCCAAUAUCACAAACUAGUUCAAAAGCUUCCAACUGUGCAGAAUCACCAAAACGUUACAGCGAAUGUGCAAAGACUGAGCCGUCCAAUCAGUCGCAAAGUUCUGAUGUGCACAAAAAGACAGCUUCUUUGAAUGUACGAAAUGUGAAUGUAAGAGACAGCAAAGGGUCGACCUCUGCCGACACGGUGUCCUGCUCUAUGCCAAAGCUUGAUUCCUCUGCUGUGUCUGUUAGCAGCUGUGUGCAGGAGACUCCCUGCAGUUUGUCCUCACAGUCCGUCUUCUCUCAGACGUCUGCUGUGGAUGUAAGAGGAGGAGGAACGACAAAGAGUCGAUCCGUAGAAUUAGUUUCACAGACUAACAGCGACGUGAUGGAUCAGUUGGAGGAGGUGAUGGAGGAGGUGAUGGAGGAGGAAGAGGAGGAGAGUGCAGCAGGAGGCGGGGCUUCAGGAAUGGCUCUUGCUCUCUCUCAGAGUCAACUGAUGUCCCCUGAGCCAAUGGAGGACGAGAGUGAAGAGCAGGGAGCUGACAGCAUCAUCGUGGUUACAGACAGCGAGAAACACUCCCAGAUUCUGAAGAAGGACGUGACCAACAGCUCCCAGCCAAUCCGAGCCAAUGUGGCCGCCUCCACCAACGGCCACGAGUCCCAGUCUCGGGCGAAGAAGGUGAACGCGGCACCUGAUAGGUUGUCCCAGACGGAGAGGGCGGGGCCUGAACCAGAGGCGCUCAAAGACAAGAGCCUCAGUGACAGCUCAGGAGGUAAAGUGGACGCAGACGUACUGUAUCUCACCGUUCUCUCCUCACCCUGUGGCUCCCAACAUGGCGGUCGAGAACCGUACAAAAAGUUUCCAGAAAGAAAAUAAGAAAACAAGU